CUCCAGCUGCUUAAACGUCCACAUUACCUACACUUCUUCGGCGUCAUCAACCAGUCUCAUCAUCGCCAUCUCCGAUCAGAUUCCGCUCACACCUCCUCCAAACAAGUCGAUCGAAGUCAGAACCUAUCGAAUUCAUCGGUCCGCCGCGUCUGCCCGUCAUGUCUACGUUGGAAGACCUAGGUUUGUGCUCUCUUUCAAACACGAUAGAUUCAUCGACUGACGUGUGUUGUUAGAUGAUUUGGAGCGUGAUGGUAAGAAGGAGGAUCAAGACGACAAGGACAAGGAUGAGAAGAAGCCCACACAAUCCUCAGACGCCGACAUGAAAGAUGCGGAAGGCCAAAAGGAGGAGGACGAGAAGAAGGAGGAAGAGGAGGAUCUGAUAGAUGCGGAGAUCCUCAACUCUAGCACACGAGACAUCGUUGCGCGGAGACGACUGAUCGAGAACGACACACGCAUCAUGAAGAGCGAGUUCAACCGCCUCCAGCAUGAGAAGCAAGCGAUGCAUGACAAGAUCAAGGACAAUGUGGAUAAGAUUGACAAUAAUCGACAACUACCAUACCUCGUUGGUAACGUUGUCGAAAUCCUCGAUCUCGACGUCACUGCCGAAGCGGCCGAGGAGGGCGCAAACAUCGAUCUCGACGCCACUCGCGUUGGCAAAUCAGCAGUCAUCAAAACGAGUACGCGCCAGACCAUCUUCCUUCCUCUUAUCGGUCUCGUAGACCACGAGAAGCUCAAGCCCGGGGAUCUCAUCGGCGUGAACAAGGACUCCUAUCUGAUUCUAGACACCCUUCCGGCGGAAUACGACAGCAGAGUGAAGGCCAUGGAAGUGGAUGAGAAGCCUACGGAGAAGUACACUGAUGUCGGUGGUUUGGACAAGCAGAUCGAAGAGCUUGUGGAAGCUGUUGUGUGGCCGAUGAAGGAGGCGGAGAGGUUUAAGAAGAUCGGCAUCAAGGCACCAAAAGGCGCGUUGAUGUACGGUCCUCCGGGUACCGGCAAAACCCUCCUCGCCCGAGCAUGCGCCGCACAAACCGAAGCAACCUUUCUCAAACUCGCUGGUCCGCAACUCGUACAGAUGUUCAUCGGAGAUGGCGCCAAGCUAGUACGAGACUGCUUCGCGUUGGCGAAAGAGAAGGCACCAUCAAUCAUCUUCAUCGACGAGUUGGACGCGAUCGGCACAAAGCGUUUUGAUAGCGACAAGAGCGGUGAUCGCGAAGUGCAGCGAACCAUGCUGGAACUCCUCAACCAACUCGACGGCUUCGCCUCCGAUGAUCGCGUCAAGGUCUUAGCAGCCACCAACCGCGUCGACGUGCUCGAUCCUGCCCUCCUCCGAUCCGGUCGUCUGGACCGGAAGAUCGAGUUCCCGCUGCCCAACGAAGAGUCUCGCGCCCAGAUCCUGCGUAUCCACAGCCGGAAGAUGACGGUAGACGAUGCGGUCAAUUGGCCCGAGCUGGCAAGAAGUACGGAUGAGUUCGGCGGUGCGCAGCUCAAGGCGGUGUGUGUCGAGGCUGGCAUGAUUGCGCUGAGGACGGGACAUUCGAAGAUCAGUCAUGAGCACUACGUCGAUGCUAUUGCGGAGGUGCAGGCGAAGAAGAAGGACACGGUCAACUUCUACGCUUAGACGUUGGAAUAGACAUUCAUGUGCAUGGCAUGGCGCGGCGUUCGAUUUUCUCGUCAGCAGAUUGUAACUGUACGUACUGGCUUGUCCUUCGUG